ACCGCAUUAGGAAGCCAGCAGUGUUCGAUUGUCUCUGUCUCGGCUAAUUGUCCUGGCUCCUGGCAGGCCCAGCCCAGGCAUUAUCGUCAGUAUUCAGACCAUAUGCAUGUUAUGAUUCACACAACCUCACAGCGGCGAGCCAAUAUUAUACCAAAAACAUAAUUUUAGUAUCACUAAUGGGGACUCCGGACGAUUUAGGAAACGAAGACUGUCUUUUCUGCCGCAUAGUAAACAACCAGACUGACACAGAAAUCCUGCUGAGUGAUGAUGAGCUGGUUUGUUUUCGUGAUACGAAGCCUGGCGCCACACAUCACUACCUCGUUGUGUCCAGAACUCACAUUAACAACUGUAAAACCCUCCAAGCAGACCGCAUCCCUCUGGUGGAGCGGAUGGAAGAAAUGGGAAGGAGAAUACUGAAGAAAAACAAAGUCAGUGACUUAAAUGAUGUCAGGAUGGGUUUCCAUGUACCUCCAUUCUCGUCCGUUCCACACCUCCACCUCCAUGCUCUGGCUCCAGCCACUACAAUGAACUCUAGAUCGCAGCUGCGCUACGGGCCACAGUCGUGCUGGUUCAUCCCAGUAGACAAAGUGCUUUCUCAGUUGAAGACUCGUGGCAAAGUCAAAUGAAGUGCAUCAAAAUAUUAUAAGGUGCAACAGUCUUGUUUGAUGUUGACAAGUUAUUUACACUAUUGUCAUUCAACUUCACUCUGCAAGUUUAAAUCAGUUUUUCAUCCACCUUGACAUUUAUUAUGUUAUAAUGAUUCCUCCAUGCUGCUUGCUGAUUGUGAAGAAAAGUGGAAAAAGGCACUUUUAUUUUUAUAACAGGAAAUAUUAGUCUUAUCAAAUGACAAUAAGUUAAUUAAUUACAAUAAGUUAAAAGAAUUACAAUUAAUUGUAAUUCUUUUUUUAUCAUUUACUGAAUUGUUAUUCUAUAUUUACCAAGAAGGACAAGCAUAUUUUGCACAUUCAUGCAAAAACCUCACAAAUCUGUUUACCUGCAGAAAUGGUUUUUGUUUAUAUAGUUACUUUGUUUUCAUGCAUGAGGUCAAAGGUCAAAGUGUUUAUUUGUCAUAUGCACAGUUAGGAAACGUGUUUCCCUGUACAAUGAAAUUCUGAAUCCAGCCGUAACAGCAAUAGUUACCUAAAUCACAACACACCAAAAUAAAGAAAUGUAUAAAAGUGUAAGUCUAAAAUACAAAAAAAGUUUAAAAACCAGCUGAAGUGUGUGCAGCUCUGCACAAUACCCCUUCAGUAUUUCUGUUUACUUUAAUAAUCACAGGGGAAAAUAGGUCCUAAUGUUUGUUUCUCUGCCAGCACCCACACCAAUGUUUGAACACUGUUUAGAGAAAACAUAGAAUUCAUUAUGUGAAAACAAAAACCCCUAAUGGGCCUGAAUACAGCAAACAAUGAUACAAGGGAUCCUCAAAUUAAAUGAUUUCUGUUACUGCUCAAUAUUUCAUUUUCACUUUUGAGAUCAUGUUAAUUGGCUGCAUGUGCCAGUGGGGGCACUGAUAUCUCAAGGGUUUGUUGGCAAGUUUUUGUUUCAUCUUCAAAAUUUGGCCAAAUCUGUGAUUUUCCACUGUUCAUUAAGAUGUGAAUAAGAGAGAGAGUAAUGCUUCCCAGAGGAUGAAUCCUACUGACUUUAGUGAUACCAAUAAAUUUUCAUCUAGUGCCACAGUGAGGUCAAAAUAUUUGUCCAGUACUUUGGUUUAUGGUGAAAUUCCUGUAGUAUUCACAUCAGCCUUAGCUUUUCUUUAAUUUUGUGCUAAUUAGCAAAUGUUAAUGUUUACUAAGAUGGUGAACAUGUUAAACACUAUGCACUUGAACUAAACAUCAGCAGUUUGGAAUGCUCAUUGUGAGCAUGCCCGACUGCUGACAUGAGCAUUUAGCUCAAAGCAGAACGGUGCCCAAGUACAGAGGCAGGACUCAGCCGCUGGAUCUGACUGUAGUCUGUAUACUCCAUCUGUAUGAGAAUUAAGCUUUGUUGUAACCUCUGCUAUUGAAAAAAGGUCUAGAGAUUUACUAAACCAUGCUCCUUCAUACUGUACAUACAUUAGUUUCCAUUGCAUUAAUAUACAUACUCCUGUUAAUAUAUAUUAAUUCAAACAGUUUGGUAUAUAUUUCUGUUAAGAACAACAUCUUAUUGCCUUUUUUUUUAAAUAAAAUGCUGGAUUACUAUUCAACAAUGACAGCAAUUAAUAGUGUCUCGAUGUGCUUUACUGAUCACACUAUUCAAUACAAGGUCAGUUCUUCCUGUCAGCCACUAGAUGUCACUAGUUUGACUAUAAGGCUACUUGCAGUUUGACCAGACCUAUGUUUUUGUCUGCCCAUUACCCCCAAAGUCAUUUCCUGACAUUUUGCUGUUUUGUUCAUAGUGAAAUUCGUUUAGGCUCACUGUUGUUUUCGUAAUGAUCUUUUUGUCACCCACCGGUUUCAAGCAAAAUAUAU